AUGUCUCGCACAAUCUACCUAGCUGUAUUCUCCAACGGCCCCAAACCAGCCCACCAAGCCGUCUUCAUCCCUACCGGCGAUGCAGCUACAGGCAAGAAGGGAAAUAUUAUCCACGUAACCGGAAACCCCGCCACGGGCUUCUUCCUUGAGUUCAAGCGGAACUACGAUUUUGAGUUCGAAGAUCGGAAGUACCAGGUUGUUACACUUGUACAGGUCAAUGCCCAGUACAUCAGAGAUACUGUUGGGAAUGGAGAGCCAUCUACUGAUACGAUUGCUCGUGAUCGUUUGGAGUCGGUGGCGACGGUUGUGUCGCCUCCGGGACCUAGUCCUAAUCCUUUUGGUUCAUUGGCGCUAAACUGCCAGAACUGGAUGCGAGACUAUGUCGAGAGACUUGUUGUCGAGGGCUUGGUCCCGAGUAGUGCUGGAUUAAUUAUGGAGAGCGCCCCGAGACUGCUGUGA